UUCCAACCUUUCUGCAGCCAUCUUACCUGUAUUCUAAACCUCCAAAUUCUCCAUCUUUCACAGAAUACAGCCUACCCACAUCUAAGCCUUAUCUCUAUUUGUCCCUUAUACAGUCUUUUUACAUUAGUCAUACUUGGUACGUCUCCAUUUUGCUUUUACUCAUGCCAUUACUUAUGCUUGGAGUACUCAUCCUUUUCUUGAGUGCAUUUCUGAAGUCUCAACCUGUUAAGGCCUACCUUAUGUUUCUUCUAAGAACACUCCAGUCUACAGUAGUAAUAGCCCCAAUAUCUUCAGAGCACCUUGCUGUUUAUAAAAUGAAUCUGACUGUACAGCACUCCCAGCCUCAAUUUAUACAGAAGAAAACAGGCACAGAAGAAACAAUCCAGUGCCUCAUCAGGGGCAACAUAGUUGGUAAGGUACAGAGUCUGGGCUUCUCUCUGCUUUUACUUCACUGGCCACUCCCCCUCUGACCUCACAACAUUAUGGUCUUCAUCACUCCUUCAGCCUUAAUCUAUGACUAGCAGAAAGAGGUGGACAAGGUCUAAGAAGAGAUCAUCCUUCACUUGACAUCAAAACUGGCCUAUAAGUGUACGUGGAAUGUGUUAAGUUACCCAGGAACUACUCUCUUGGAAAGAUACUCUGUCAAUGGAGGGAGUGGAGCUUGCUCGAUUUACACGCUGCUUCACACCUGAAGAUGUUAUUGGAAAAGCUUCAGACCCAGGCAUGGGCACGGACAUGAGCAUGAACUUUAUGAGGCAAAUGCUAGCUGAUCAGAAAUACUACUUUAGGGACGAACCAAGAGAGACUGUAACCUCGACUUGCUCAUUGUGCCAACGGGACCUGCAAGAUGAGUGUUCUCGGCUGCUACCUUGCCAACAUUUGCUCUGUAAGGACUGCUUCCAUGGCUUAAUACAGGACCUAGGGCAUGUUGCCAAGGCUCCUGGGACUGUCCUAGAUGAGCUCAUCUCCUGUCCUGGGUGUAAGCGGGUAUAUCUUACCAGAGAUGUAACUGAACACUUUUUUCUACAGCACUUUCCUCCUGUGCAACUCAACAUGGCCAGGAACUGUUCUGAGUGCAAGGAGAAGAGGGCAGCACACAUCCUCUGCACCUACUGCAACCGCUGGCUGUGUAGCUCCUGCACAGAGGAGCACCGGCAUGGUCCUGCCCCUGGGGGUCCCAUCUUUUCUCGAGCUCAGAAAGGAUCUUCAGGAGUGAAUGGUGGUUCUGGGGACUUCGCUUUGUACUGUCCUCUACACACACAGGAAGUGCUCAAGCUAUUCUGUGAGACCUGUGAUGUGCUCACAUGCCAUAGCUGCCUAAUGGUGGAACAUAAAGAACACAGGUGCAGGCAUGUUGAAGAAGUUCUACAAAACCAGAGGAUGCUUCUGGAAAGUGUGACUACCCAGGUGGCACAUAAGAAAUCCAGUCUACAGACAUCUGCAAAGCAAAUUGAGGACAGGAUUUUCGAAGUGAAGCAUCAGCACAGGAAGGUGGAAAACCAGAUCAAAAUGGCCAAGAUGGUUCUAAUGAAUGAACUGAACAAACAGGCCAAUGGACUCAUAGAGGAGCUAGAGGGCAUCACUAAUGAAAGAAAACGGAAGCUGGAACAGCAGUUACAGAGCAUAAUGGUUCUCAACCGUCAGUUUGAACAUGUGCAGAAUUUCAUCAAUUGGGCUGUUUGCAGCAAGACAAGUGUCCCUUUCCUUUUCAGCAAAGAGCUGAUUGUAUUUCAGAUGCAGCGAUUGUUGGAGACAAGUUGUAAUACAGAUCCAGGGUCUCCUUGGAGUAUCAGAUUCACAUGGGAGCCUAACUUCUGGACCAAGCAGCUGGCUUCCCUUGGUUGCAUAACUACUGAAGGUGGACAACUGUCCCGCACAGAUACCACUGCCUAUGGGGGCUUACAGGGACCACCAUCCUUUUAUCAAAGCCACCAGUCCCCAGUGGCUCAGCAAGAGGCUCUCAGUCAUCCCUCACACAAGUUUCAGCCUCCAGCACUAUGUUCCUCAUCUGUAUGCUGCUCCCACUGUUCCCCAGUCUCAUCUUCUCUCAAAAGCCAGGUCCCCCCACCCAGCACCCAUCCGGCCCACAGCUUUAGACAGCCCUCUGAGAUGAUGCCUCACCAGUUAGGGUCAUUGCAGUGCCCUACUGUGCUACCCAGGGAGAAGGAACUAGCCUGCAGUCCUCAUCCUCCCAAGCUGAUGCAGCCAUGGCUGGAAACCCAGCCCUCUGCAGAGCAAGAGAGCACACCCCAGAGGUCGGGGCAGCACCUAACUUCACAGCCAGUGUGCAUCGUUCCUCCACAGGACAUUCAGCAAGCAGCCCAUGCCCAGUCCCCCUUACAGGCACCCUCCAUCCAAGUCCAGUUUGGCCACCACCAGAAGCUGAAGCUCAGUCAUUUUCAGCAACAGCCACAGCAGCAGCUGCCACCACCCCCUCCCCCACCACCCCCUCCCCCACAACAGCCACCCCCACCUCUGCCUCCAUCCCAACAUCUGGCUUCCAGUCAGCACGAGAACCCUCCUGGGCCUGCCUGUUCCCAGAACGUGGAUAUAAUGCACCACAAGUUUGAGCUGGAGGAGAUGCAGAAGGACUUGGAGCUUCUCUUGCAGGCUCAGCAGCCCAGCCUGCAGCUUAGUCAGACCAAAUCACCUCAGCAUCUCCAGCAAACCAUUGUGGGCCAGAUCAACUACAUCGUGAGGCAGCCAGCACCUGUCCAGUCCCAGAGCCAGGAGGACACCCUACAGGUUACAGAUGAGCCGCCAACAUCUGAGGGUCCAAAGCCAGCUCUUCCUCUUGACAAGACUACUACUUCCUUGCCUCAGACAACUGAAGAGGAAACUCCUCAAAGUGUUCCCACAAUGGACAACAACAUCCAGCACUCCUCUCCAAAUGUGGUGAGAAAGCACUCCACCUCAGUGAGCAUCAUGGGAUUUUCCAACACUCUGGAGAUGGAGUUGUCAUCUACCAGACUGGCAAGGACCCUAGAGCCACAGAUCCACAGCGUGAGCAGCCUGACAUCUGGUCCUCCCCAGGCAGUACCAAGCCUUCUGAGUGGCCCUCCACAAACUGUGUCUAACUUUUCAAGUGUUCAGAACCAUACCAUGCCAAGCCUGACAACCACUCAUCUACAGUCCAUACCAAACCUUGUGCGUGGCACAUACCAGUCCAUGCCCAACCUGAUGAGUGAUUCUUCACAAGCUAUCACAAGUUUAGCAAGUGACCACUGUCAGGGUGGGCCCAGCCUAAUGUCUGGUCACACCCAGGCUGUGCAAAGUCUGGCCACUUGUCCUCUGCAGAACAUACCUUCAGUUUCAGACAUACAGCUGGAAAGUAGAUCCAGUUCUAGUCCUGGCUCUGGCCAAACUUCGGAAAGCCUGUGCUCCAGAGAUGGGGCUGAUGUCUCCGUGGGCAACACCCUGUGUAAGAUGGAAAGUGAGGAUUCCACUCGUUUCAUUGAUUCAUUGGGACAAGGCCCCAAAGCCCCAAGUUUGGCUCUUCCCAAGAACUUGGCCAUCUCUUCAGAACUGGAGGAGCCAAUCAACCUCUCCGUGAAAAAACUUCCUGUGGCACAAGUAGUCAGCACAUCUACAGCUUUGCAGCAGUAUCAACACCCAAAAGAGCAUGAGAAUUUUGAACAAGGAUCCCUAGAGCUGGAUACAAAAGAGAACCAGAGCAUCAGAACUUGCAGUAGUGAGCCCAAGAUUCCCUAUGUGCGACUGGAGCGACUCAAGAUCUGUGCUGCUUCCUCAGGAGAGAUGCCUGUGUUCAAGUUGAAGCCCCAGAAGAAUGAUCAGGAUGGGAGCUUCCUGCUCGUCAUUGAGUGUGGCACUGAGUCUUCCAGCAUGUCCAUUAAGGUCAGUCAGAACAACCUUCCUGAUGCCAUCCAGGCCCCGGGUCUGGGGGGAAGAAAGGUCACUGUCACAUCUCUGGCUGGACAGCGACCACCAGAGGUAGAAGGCGCGUCCCCUGAAGAACAGCGUCUCAUCCCUCGAACUCCUGGAGGCAAAAAGGGUCCCCCAGCCCCAAUAGAGAAUGAGGACUUCUGUGCUGUGUGUCUCAAUGGGGGAGAGCUGCUGUGCUGUGAUCGCUGCCCCAAAGUGUAUCACCUUUCCUGCCAUGUGCCAGCCUUGCUCAGCUUCCCAGGGGGAGAUUGGGUGUGUACCUUGUGCCGAAGCCUGACACAGCCUGAGAUGGAGUAUGACUGUGAGAAUGCCCGCUAUAACCAGCCUGGAGUGCGGGCGCUUCCUGGUCUGAGCAUAUAUGACCAGAAGAAGUGUGAGAAGCUGGUACUGUCCUUGUGCUGCAAUAGCCUCAGCCUACCAUUCCAUGAACCCGUUAGCCCUCUGGCCCGGCAUUACUACCAGAUUAUCAAGAGGCCAAUGGAUCUAUCAAUCAUCCGUAGGAAGCUGCAAAAGAAGGAGCCAGCUCACUAUACUACUCCAGAGGAAGUGGUAUCAGAUGUGCGCCUCAUGUUCUGGAACUGUGCUAAGUUCAAUUAUCCGGAUUCAGAGGUUGCGGAGGCUGGGCGCUGCCUGGAAGUGUUCUUUGAAGGCUGGUUGAAGGAGAUCUAUCCAGAGAAACUGUUUGCCCAACCAAGGCAGGAAGACUCAGACUCUGAGGAAGUGUCUAAUGGGAAUGGAUGUUCCAUCUCCCAGGGCUUCCCAUGGCCCCCCUACAUGCAGGAAGGCAUCCAACCCAAGAGGCGGCGACGACAUAUGGAGAAUGAAAAAGCAAAGAAAAUGUCAUUUCGCAUGGCCAACAGCAUCUCGCAAGUAUGAGAGCCGGGAGGAGGCUGAGCACUCUGGUGGCUGGCGUCCCAUCUUGUUGACCAUUCCUCCUCAUCCUUCAGCUUACUCUCUUCUGAAUGUGGAUGUGAGAUGCGUCUUGUCGAGCUGUGUAGUGCUCUUCUUCACCAUUUGCAUCUACAGCAUUUGUUUGGGAGCCACAGUGCAUCCACUGCAGAGAAGAUUUCAGUAA